ACUUAUUUUUUGCACUUUAUUGACUUGUAUAGUUUUAAGCAAUCUUAACUAAGUUCAUUCCAUAUAGACAACUUAGUACUUAUAUAUAUUCAUAAUUUUCAUAUACUUUUAACUUGUAUUAAUUAUUCACUUUUGCAUAUAACACCAUCAUAAUAAAAUGUCAUCAACCACUGCUAAACCUCAAAAGAAGAGUAGAGGUGUCACCGAUUUAGUUGCCGGUGGUACUGCUGGAUUAUUUGAAGCUUUAUGUUGUCAUCCAUUAGAUACCAUUAAAGUUAGAAUGCAAUUAUAUCGUAAAUCAGGUAAGAAACCUCCCGGAUUUAUUAGAACUGGUAUAAACAUUGCUCAAAAGGAAACAUUUUUAUCUCUUUAUAAAGGGUUAGGUGCCGUUGUGAUCGGUAUUGUUCCAAAGAUGGGAAUCAGAUUUUCUUCUUAUGAAUUUUAUCGUUCUUUACUUUAUGCUCCAGAUGGAUCAAUUACAACAGGUCAAACAUUUUUGGCCGGUGUAGGUGCUGGUAUAACUGAAGCAGUAAUGGUUGUUAACCCAAUGGAAGUUGUUAAAAUCAGAUUACAAGCUCAACAUCACUCUAUGGCUGAUCCUCUUGAUGUUCCCAAAUAUAGAAAUGCUCCUCAUGCUGCUUAUUUGAUUUGUAGAGAAGAAGGUUUUAAGACUUUGUAUCGUGGUGUUUCAUUAACUGCUGCUAGACAAGCUACUAAUCAAGGGGUUAAUUUCACUGUAUACUCUAAGUUAAAGGAAUAUUUACAAGAUUAUCAUAAACAAGAAAUUUUACCAUCAUGGGAAACAUCUUUAAUUGGGUUAGUAUCUGGUGCAUUAGGUCCAUUAUCCAAUGCUCCAUUAGAUACAAUUAAAACAAGAUUACAGAAAACCACAUUUGCUUCUAACGAAUCAGGAUUAGUUCGUAUUGUUAAAAUUGGUAGACAAUUAAUUAAGGAAGAAGGUACAAGAGCCUUAUAUAAGGGUAUUACUCCAAGAAUUAUGAGAGUGGCUCCAGGUCAAGCUGUUACUUUUACUGUCUAUGAAUUCAUGAAGGAUCUUUUAAAUGGUAAUUCUAAUUCCAAAUUAGCCUUAGCUGCUGAUAAAAAAUUGUAAUGGAAUUAGUUUUCUACUACAGGUUAUAGAAAAGCAAUCUACCCCCGCAAAAAACAAAAUUACUAGUAGUUGUACUGCAGUAGUUAUUUAUAUAGUUUUUAUAUUAUUUAUUUAUUUAUUUAUUUAUUAGUAAUUCAAAAAUAUUCAGUAAUAUG